AUGUCGAAUAACGCGGAACAGCCUAAAGUGAUUCCUGAAGAUGAUGAUGAGCCUGAUGAGUGGGACAAACGCAUCUUCAGCACUGGCUGCCAUGCCGAGCAGGACAAGAUGAAUGAUUGCUAUUUCGUCAAGAAAGACUGGCGGGCUUGCAAGGAGGAGAUGGAAGCUUUCCGUGAAUGCUGGAAGCGCCAGGGCAACGACCAACGCACCGAGAGCAAGGACGCGUAG